AUGGCUUCACCAACUAUCUACAUGAUUAGACAUGGCGAAAAGCCAGAUGAUGGCGCUAAUAAUCUCUCCGCUGAGGGAGAAGCAAGAGCGCAGCGUCUUCGUCAAGUUUUCGGAAAGGAAAGUGGAUAUAAUAUUGGCUAUAUCGUUGCUGAACAUCCUAAGAAGGAUGGUUCUGAGGAACGCCCGUAUGAAACUGUGCAAUUCUUGGCCCAGGACUUGGGUGUGGAAAUCAACUCAAGUAUUCACCGAGACGACGCUGCAGGCGUCGCUAGGGCAGCGAAACAGUAUAAAGGAACCGGAAAUAUCCUUAUUUGCUGGGAGCAUCAUAAGCUCUCCGAUAUCGCAAAAGCUAUUGGCAUAAAUGGAUUCGCAGAGAGUAGUGGUUGGCCUGGCAAGCUUCAAUACCCAGGCUCGCGUUUUGAUCUUAUUUGGGUCGUGCCAGCCCCUUACGAUGAGAUAACUCAAGUGCUCAGCGAGGAUAAUCUCAAAUUAAAUACGGCCCCUACUGAUCCGGAGACAAAAAACUAA